AUGGCUCUUCGUAUUCUCUCAUUAUAUCUUCUUAUCUUUAUGGUAUUUGUUUCUUCAGUUGAAUCAUCACCACUAUUAGAUAGUUUUCUUAUGGAAAACUAUCCAUCAUUGAAUCUUGCUCAUACAUCAUCACCUAUAAUACAUCGAUCCAAUUUUAUUUCACUUAUAUGUCAACGACAAGAACAAUAUCCAAUUAGAUUAACGAGAAAAUUAUGUUCAAACUAUUUUCAACCAUACAAAUUACAAGAAGAAGAUGAAGAACAACAACAACGAAAUAAACGAGUUGGAUGGACAAUUAGCGUUUAA